AUGGCCGGCAAGGGUGACGGGCCGGCGAUCGGCAUCGACCUCGGCACGACCUACUCCUGCGUCGGCGUGUGGCAGCACGACCGUGUCGAGAUCAUCGCCAACGACCAGGGUAACCGCACCACGCCCUCGUAUGUCGCCUUCACCGACUCCGAGCGCCUCAUCGGAGAUGCGGCCAAGAACCAGGUCGCCAUGAACCCCAUCAACACCGUCUUUGAUGCCAAGCGUCUCAUCGGCAGGAGGUUCUCUGAUGCUUCUGUCCAGGGCGAUAUGAAGCUCUGGCCCUUCAAGGUCAUUUCUGGGCCUGGUGAGAAGCCAAUGAUUGUUGUCCAGCACAAGGGUGAGGAGAAGCAGUUUGCAGCUGAGGAGAUCUCCUCUAUGGUUCUCAUCAAGAUGCGUGAGAUUGCUGAAGCUUACCUUGGCAGCACGAUCAAGAAUGCUGUUGUCACAGUCCCUGCCUACUUCAACGACUCACAGAGGCAGGCCACAAAGGAUGCUGGGGUGAUUGCUGGCCUCAAUGUGCUGCGUAUCAUCAAUGAGCCAACUGCUGCUGCAAUCGCCUAUGGUCUUGACAAGAAGGCUACCAGCGUUGGCGAGAAGAACGUCCUCAUCUUUGACCUUGGAGGUGGUACCUUCGAUGUAUCCCUCCUCACCAUUGAGGAAGGCAUCUUUGAGGUCAAGGCCACAGCUGGUGACACCCAUCUUGGAGGUGAGGACUUUGACAACAGGAUGGUCAACCACUUCGUCCAGGAGUUCAAGAGGAAGAACAAGAAGGAUAUCACUGGCAACCCGAGGGCUCUUAGGAGGCUGAGGACUGCUUGUGAGAGGGCGAAGAGGACUCUGUCUUCCACUGCUCAGACCACCAUUGAGAUCGACUCCCUGUAUGAGGGCAUCGACUUCUACUCCACCAUCACCCGUGCCAGGUUUGAGGAGCUCAACAUGGACCUGUUCAGGAAGUGCAUGGAGCCUGUGGAGAAGUGCCUGAGGGAUGCCAAGAUGGACAAGAGCAGCGUGCACGAUGUUGUCCUUGUUGGUGGUUCCACCCGUAUCCCCAGGGUGCAGCAGCUGCUCCAGGACUUCUUCAAUGGCAAGGAGCUGUGCAAGAACAUCAACCCUGAUGAGGCCGUUGCCUACGGUGCUGCUGUCCAGGCCGCUAUCCUGAGCGGUGAGGGCAACGAGAAGGUGCAGGACCUGCUUCUGCUGGAUGUCACCCUCUCUCCCUUGGUCUGGAGACUGCCGGAGGUGUACGAGGGUGAGAGGACCAGGACCCGCGACAACAACCUGCUGGGCAAGUUCGAGCUGUCCGGCAUCCCCCCUGCCCCCCGUGGUGUCCCCCAGAUCACGGUGUGCUUCGACAUCGACGCCAACGGCAUCCUGAACGUGUCCGCUGAGGACAAGACGACGGGGCAGAAGAACAAGAUCACCAUCACCAACGACAAGGGCCGUCUGUCCAAGGAGGAGAUCGAGAAGAUGGUGCAGGACGCGGAGAAGUACAAGUCGGAGGACGAGGAGCACAAGAAGAAGGUGGAGUCCAAGAACUCUCUGGAGAACUACGCGUACAACAUGCGCAACACGAUCAAGGACGAGAAGAUCGCUUCCAAGCUGGAGGGCGACGACAAGAAGAAGAUCGAGGAUGCGAUCGACGCGGCCAUCGUCUGGCUGGACGCCAACCAGCUGGCCGAGGCGGACGAGUUCGAGGACAAGAUGAAGGAGCUGGAGUCGCUGUGCAACCCCAUCAUCGCCAAGAUGUACCAGGGCGCGGGGGCCGACAUGGGCGGCGCCGCCGGCAUGGACGAGGACGCCCCCGCCGGCAGUGGCGGCCCUGGCCCCAAGAUCGAGGAGGUCGACUAA